UUUGGAGUGCGGUAGCUGCAAAUUGCAAUAGAGAGAGAGAGAGAAGAAAGGAAGAAAGGAUUAUGGAAAUGGAAUGGUUGGUGGGUUGAAGAUAUGGAGGCGGUGGCGGAGGGGCUUUGGGGAUUGGCAGAGUAUCACGAGAAGAGAGGUGAAAUCGGGAAGGCAGUCAAGUGUUUAGAAGCGAUUUGUCAGAGUGAGGUCUCUUUCUUCCCAAUCGUUGAGGUCAAGACUCGCCUCCGCAUUGCCUCACUCCUCCUCCAUUUUUCCCACAACCUCAACCACGCCAAGUCCCACCUCGAGCGUUCUCAAUUGCUUUUGAAGUCUAUACCGUCUUGCUUUGAUUUGAAGUGCCGGACCUAUAGCUUGCUCAGCCAGUGCUACCAUCUCGGUGGAGUCAUACCACCUCAGAAGCAAGUCUUAUACAAGGCCCUCCACCUUACCGCAUCUGCUCCGCAUGAGAUUUCAAUGAAGUUGUGGUCUUGCAACUUCAAUUCACAACUUGCAAAUGCUUUGUUAAAUGAAGGAGACCACCGGGGUUCAAUCUCUGCCUUGGAGUGUGGAUACGUCUGUGCUACUGAAGUAAGCUACCCGGAGUUGCAGAUGUUUUUCGCCACUUCAAUAUUGCACUUUCACCUCAUGCAAUGGAACGAUGAUAAUUUGGUUGAGCAAGCUGUUAAUAAAUGUAAUGAGAUUUGGGAGUCAAUUGAGCCAGAUAAAAGACGACAUUGCCCCGGAUUACACUUUUAUAAUGAAUUACUGCACAUAUUCUAUCGAAUGCGGCUAUGUGAUUACAAGAAUGCUGUGCCCCAUGUAGACAAUCUGGAUGCCGCCGUGAAGGCUGAUAUGCAGCAAACACAACAUAUGCAAGAGCUAGUGAAGGAGCUUAACGCUCUAGAUCAAAGUCUCUCGCGGUCUGACCUUCACUACAGGGAUAGGGUAGCACUAUCGGAAAAGCAAGCAAUGGUUCAAGAGCAAUUGAGAAACAUGAAUGGAUUGGGUUCAAUUGGGCUGGAAUCUCUGGAACCAGUACAUUUUGGGAAUGUCAGAAGGGCACUAGGCGAUAAGCUUCUGUUAGCACCUCCUCCUAUUGAUGGUGAAUGGCUUCCUAAAGGUGCUGUCUAUGCAUUGGUUGAUCUAAUAUUUGUUAUAUUUGGGCGCCCGAGAGGACUUUUUAAGGAGUGUGGAAAGCGCAUACAGUCUGGGAUGCAUAUAAUUCAAGAUGAGUUAUUGAAAAUAGGAAUUACUGAUGGUGUAAGAGAAGUGGACUUGCAACAUUCUUCUAUCUGGAUGGCUGAUGUGUACUUAAAGCUACUAAUUCAGUUUCUUGAAAACAAAGUGGCCAUAGAGCUCACACGAGCAGAAUUCGUUGAAGCACAAGAGGCUUUAGUACAGAUGAAAAACUGGUUCAUACGGUUUCCAACUAUAUUAAAGGAAUGUGAAUGCAUUAUUGAGAUGCUUAGAGGUCAAUAUGCUCAUUCUGUUGGCUGUUAUAGUGAAGCUAUUUUUCAUUAUAUUGAAGCAGUAAAGCUUACAGAGAGCAAAUCAAUGCAAGCUAUGUGCCAAGUUUAUGCUGCUGUCUCUUAUAUCUGCAUUGGCGAUGCUGAAUCUUCUUCACAGGCACUUGAUUUGAUUGGGCCAGUUUAUGGGGCGAUAGAUUGUUUUGGAGUUAGAGAGAAAACAGGUGUUCUUUUUGCUUAUGGUCUUUUAUUGAUGAAGCAACAGGAUCUACAAGAAGCAAGAAACCGCUUGGCUAGGGGAUUGCAGCUGACACAUGCUUAUUUGGGGAACCUUCAACUUGUUUCCCAAUAUUUGACGAUCCUUGGCAGUUUGGCCCUUGCAUUACGUGACACUGCACAAGCCAGGGAGAUAUUAAAAUCAUCUUUGACCUUGGCAAAGAAGCUUUAUGAUGUUCCAACUCAGAUUUGGGUUCUAUCUGUUUUGACAGCUUUAUAUAAAGAAUUAGGGGAAAGGGGAAACGAAAUGGAGAAUGCUGAGUAUCAGACAAAAAAAUUAGAAGAUUUGCAUAAGAGACUUGCUGAUGCACAUGCAUCCAUUUAUCAUAUUGAAAUAAUUGACAAAGUAAGAUUUGAAGUUCACCAAUUUCAUGACUUGGACAUCAAACGUGCAAUGGCAGGCCCAACUAUGGGAGUGAAUCUUGACAUCCCAGAAUCUAUUGGUCUGUCAGCACCCUUACCUGCUCCAUCAUCAUCAAGGCUAGUUGAUAUAGACACCAGAAGACGUGGGAAACGGAGAAUUUAGUCCUUUUCUAUGCAGGUGAACCCAGUAUAAUCUUGUGAAUUAAUUACAGGCAAUUGUUCCAAGGUCAGCGGGUUGUAAGAGUUUGGCAGAUUGGGUUUCCAGCUUACCACUUACCAGCAAGGCUUUCUAUCAUGUGCAUCUCUGUUUAAGAUUCUGUACAGAUAAUUAGGAUGUUACUCAUAAGUUAUAGGAUAGAAUAGUUGGAAAAACUCAUGUGGUAACAUUAAAAUAGGUGGUUGUUGUAUCAAAAAUUGAAACAUUAGAAUAGGUUUUGUAUGGCAGUUCUGUUAGGAUUAGGAUUUAUUGUGUUUGAUUCAGCUGUUUAUAGCGGUCGUUUUCUAUUCACGGAAGUUAAUUUGCUUUCCUAUAUCGAGAUGUCAUACUAGAAAUCAAUUGCAGAAGUUUUAGUAAAAGAGAAUCUCAUGUACACCAUGUUUGGAUGAAAAUGCUUAUUCUUUGACAAAAAUGAAACCUUGUGAUUGUAUCAUUCAUGGUUGUGGCAGAUCUACUUAUUUAGAAAGGAGCUUCAUUUUCCCUAUAUCCUUUUGCCGUCCGUGUUCAGUGCAAUGCAGUAUGGAGCAUCAGCUGCUUGACAUUUCGAGUCUAAGAUCAUUGACAAUAUCCUUGUGGAAAAUUGAGUAAAUGUCAUCGUAGAGAGCGCAAGAGUAUGUUUGAUUCUUAAGGAAUAAAAUCACUGCAAACAAAGAAUUUUGGGGAUCACCAUUAUCAAGGCCACGGGUUGAGAGGUCAAGGAAAUAGUAAUCUUGACGUCUGAGGAAUGUGAAGUCAACAGCCAUUAAGUGGUCAUGCCUCCUUCAAGGGGAGAGUAGAUGGUAAGGGUUUUGUGCUCUUGCUUCUACAUCUGGAAGCCAACGUCCAAGAUCCUAUCAAGUCCUAUUAGAAUCGAUUUGAUUGGGUAGA